AUGUCAGCAAAUGUGACUGCAGUGGUAAAUGGAACACAGACCAUGUCGCGCUGCUUCAAUCAUGAAGAACUAAGGAUCGUUUACAUGGUUGCAUUUUGUCUGGUAUUUGUAGCUUCGUUGGUUGGAAAUACCUUCAUUGGAAUAAUUGUCUACAAAACGAAAUCCCUGAAAAAGCCAAUCAACUUUUUUAUUGUAAACAUGGCCAUAUCAGAUCUGCUAUAUCCGAUUUUCAUGCUCCCCCAGGAUUUAGCUUCAUUAUUCACCAGCGGUUCGUGGUUGAUCCGCGGUCCCCUCGGCCAAGCCUUAUGUAAGCUUGUCUCCUUCUCGAUAAAUGUCUCCACUCUUGUUUCAUCUCAGAGCCUGGUUCUAAUAGCGGUGGAUCGAUUUGUAGCUGUAAUAUUUCCUCUCCGCUCCCCACUGUUCAGUUCAAAGCAGUGCCGGUUCUUCAUUCUCGCCACUUGGAUCAUUACCAUGGUUACCAGGUGGCCGAUCCUCUUCUUCUCAGAAAUGGUCAAGUAUUCAGACCGGCUGAUAUGUACGCCGGAGAGGUCCUCCUACUUCCAAAACUACACUGUGGCAAUAAUCGCUGUCGGCUUUUAUGUCCCUUUAGUUUUGAUUGCCAUACUUUACCUUACCAUCGCUUUAACGAUCAAGUCCCACAAAACUCUGGGCGAACAAUCAGCGAACACAAGCGAACAACGUUUGAAGAGAGAGAGAAUCGUUUUGAAGAUGUCCAUUGCCAUCGUGUUAGCAUUUGCAAUGUGCUGGCUGCCACUCACUAUCUGGUGGUUGGUGCACUUCUAUUUACCAGACAAAACAAUGAGAUGGUCUUGUGGCUUUCGAUAUUUCGCGGAAAUUGCCCGAUUUUUGAUGUACACAUACUGUGCUGUAAACCCUUGCAUCUGUUUUGUUUACAUGGGACGUUACCGCCAGGGUCUUAAAAAUCUCCUUUAUGGACAUACUGUGCUGUAA